AUGACACAGCAACCUGCCAUCCCGCCACCAGUAGGGCUUUCCUCUGAUUUUUCCCACCCCAAAGGUGUUUUGCAUACAGUGAACCUUGUAACACAAGUGUUGUGUAUCAUACUCGUUACGAUAUUCGUGUCCAUACGGAUAUGGAUCAAAGCCCAAUACCACCGAAGCCUGAGUAUUGAAGACUAUUUGACAAUUGCUGGAUGGGACUCAGUCAAUGUCUACGGUGGUGGAUACAAUGCAUGGGAUGUCACCGAAACUGAGUUCGUCAAGUUUCAAAAGGCCUCGUACGCGACCACUCUGAUCUAUGUCCCGAUGGUUUUUGUUAUCAAGCUCGCCCUUCUAGCAGUUAUGGCGAGGAUUUUUGCUCCCCAUCGUGAGAAAGUUAAAGUCAUAUACAUUAGCAUCGGCAUCAUGCUGUGCUACUACAUCCCAGCAUUUUUCAUUAAGGUCUUCUUCUGUGACCCUAUCUCUAUAUACUGGCUUGGCACUUCUAACGGUGGUAAAUGUCUUGACCAGCGGAAGGUCAUCAUUGCUGAUUCAGUCAUCAGUAUCGCCGGCGAUUUGUGGAUUCUUUUGUUACCAGUUCCGAUGAUCUGGUCGGUCCAGAUGACAAGGGCCAAGAAGAUGCGAGUUGUCGGGAUUCUAGGUGCUGGGGACUUGCUACGGGGUUUAGUAUCUGGCGACUUGUGA